GAAAGGUCCACUCGACAUGGAAUUUAUUCGAUUCUCCUGGAAUCAAAAUCGCAACUGAUUAGUACCAGGAGAUCACAAACACGACAUCGACUUGUUUAUACGAGUACUGCGUAGGAACGCAGGCUCAUAAAUGACCACACAGUCAUAGCCCUUGAACAAGAAAGACCUUAUUGAAUCGGUAGACUUGAUCAUGGGAGAUUCCUUUGUUUUGUCUUUGAAAACAGUACACAAUAAAUACGACAGAGAGGCGAUGUCGGCAGCAUGGGAUGGGAGUAGGUUCAAUUAGAUCUUCUCUCUCUGUUACGCCGCUUCAUUGUCUUUGUAUUGUUCGGCCAAUGAAAUCUUUGCCGUUUGAGUAACUGUCUUAAACAGUGGGACACACAAUUUGAUGAAAUGAUGCUGCAUAGCUCUUUUAACCGCGGCCCUUUUGUGAACUUAAUUGCCAUAUAUCAGAAUAUAUCGUAGCAUUCGACGAUCAAGGACUCGCCGCUGACCGUCUGGUCGUACACAUCUGGAGUGAAAAGGUCGUGGUAAAAUUAAGAGAAAAUCAUAAAAAUUGAAACGUCGUACAAAUAACAUGUCUGGAGUCUUCUGUCCCGUCAUGCCUUUCGAGAUACCCACGCUGACACCACAAGGGACUCCCUCUUCGAUUUCUUCUGGAUGCGGUGUGCCAAGAAAGCAUAGACGAGAACGAACAACAUUCACCAAAGUCCAGUUAGAGUUACUUGAAACCCUGUUUUCGAAAACCCAUUACCCAGAUAUUUUCAUGCGGGAAGAAGUGGCCAAUAAAAUUGGAUUACCGGAGUCACGUGUUCAGAUCUGGUUCAAGAACAGAAGAGCUAAAUAUCGUCAAAUAAUGAACAAAAAGAACCCAAGCAAGGAGAAGAAGCAGAAUCCGUACCAAUUUAGGCCCAAUGGAAUGAACGGAGUAAUGCCACAGCAACUCCAUCACCAGAGCGCCUACUGGGGACCGCCAGCAGGCUACCAAGGAUUCCCUAGGCCUCCAUCUGCAAUGCAUACUCAGCUUUUCAAACCGCCAUACAGUGCUGCGACCGAUCCAGAUCAUCAGCGAUUAUAUUCUCGUGAAUUCGCAUCACAACUCUCAGGACAUUCACCUGGUGCGCCCUUCUGGCAAAGUAAUGUGCAUACAUCAGAAAGAAACUAUUAUUAUCCGGAAAGUGGACCUACGGGCUCCUAUUACAACGGAGAGACACUAUCACCCGAGUAUUAUGGAGCUAGUAUGUAAUAUUUUAGCGUUUAAUAAUUGUAUAUAGAUUGAUUUACAAGUAAUUUAUUAUUACUUUUUUAAAAGGAUGGGUAAGAUAUCAGGUGGUUGUUUAAUAGUAAUACGAAUAGCCUCCCAAUUGCUACUGUGUCAGGCCAUUUUUAUGGGUAGCUGUUCAGCUAUUAUAGCAAUUGUAAUAACCCUAUCUUCUUUUGUAUCAAUCUUAGUACAUAUUGACCAGUUAAGAGGCUGGCUUUCCGGUUUGUCAGUACUUCGACAUGCCCUGCUAGUUUUCGUCAUAUAUUAUUUUUAUCGAACUCAAUGUCUAAUAUGGUACAAUUUACAGAAAAAAAACCUGUGUUUGUUAAUCAGGGAGCAAUCAUAUUGCUAUUUCGGCAAACAGGAGAUUUAUAAAAAUCUGCUUUUAACAUAUCGGAAAAGUGCCCCACAUUCUUCCAUCUAGAGCGAGGUUUUCUAUGUCGUCAUAAAACCUGAGAUUUAGCGUGGCCACACGAGAAUUUCUUAUUUUUACCCGUCCGUGAAAUAUUUUUAGGCUGUAGGAAAGUAAAUGCAUUUCUCAUUCAACUUAGGAAACCUAUGUACAUUUUGUAUUUAUUGUACAUUAAUUGAUACGGCUAGUUUGCUUCAUCGUUGUUGCUUAUGACGUAUUGCCACAACUAGGA